UCGGAAGGAUCUUCAAGAGGGGUUAGCUCUCAAUAAUGGAUAGCAUAAGUGAAUUGCCCAAUGCACUGCUCUUGAAUAUAUUGUCUUUUCUGCCUGCAAGAGAUGUUGUGGCCACAAUGGUUUUGUCUAAACGAUGGCAACUGCUUUGGAAGAUUGUGCCAAAACUCAUAUAUGAUGAUGAUAGCUCUGGAAGUUUUCCUCGGUUUGUGGACAGGUCUUUGCUUUUGCAUGAGGCACCAGUUAUAGAAACUUUGCAUUUCAAACUUAGUCAAAAUUCUGGUGCCGAUAUCGGAGUAUGGAUCAUAACUGCACUUAAACGCUGUGUGCGUAAGCUGAUUAUCAAGACGGACUGGUGUUUUAACAGUACAGCUCCAGUCAUACUUCCAAGGAGUUUGUACACAGGGUGUAGCAUGCUUGUAAAAUUGAAAAUAAAGAAAGUGGUUCUUGUGGAUUUCACUUCUCCAAUCUCUUUCCCAUCUCUCAAGAAAUUGAGCCUUAAAUAUAUGAAAUACCCAAGUGACGAUUUAGUCCAGAGGCUUUUAUCUAGUUGUCCUGUUCUUAAAAGCUUGGUUGUGAAACGAUGUCCAAAUGACAAUGUGACCAUUUUCACCAUAAAAGUCCCUUCUCUCAAGAGUUUAGUCUUGAAUAAAACAGUCGCAGAAUUCGAAGAUAUAGGUAUUGCAGCUGGGUUUGUGAUAGACGCUCCUUCUUUAGAGAGACUUGACAUUCUCGAUAAUUAUGGAGGUGGGUUUUGUGUCAUUGAGAAUGAAAUGCCUAAUAUUGUAGAGGCAGAUGUUGACGUCGCUUAUAUUCAUCUUGGGAAUAUUCUGAGUUCUAUUACUUCAGUCAAGCGUCUCUCUUUAUGUUUAUCAACCUCAGAGGAUGCAUAUGCUGUUGGUAGCGUCUUUCACCGUCUUGUACAUUUACAGAUAGGCACAUGUUAUACAGAGUGGUUGAAUCUACUUAUGUGUUUGCUGAGAGAUUCCCCUAAACUACAAUCUCUCGAACUUACACAGGGCCAUGAAGCUUUGGAUGAUGAACCGCGACCCUGCUGGAAUGAACCGAGCUCAGUUCCUGAAUGCCUGUUAUCGAGUCUUAAAACUCUUAAAUGUCUCGAAACUCUUGAAUGGAUAGAAUAUGAAGGAGCAGAAGAAGAGAAAAAAGUAAUAGCAUUUAUCUUAAGAAACGCAAAAUGUUUAAAGAAGGCAACUAUCUCUACUGAUUCAACCGACCCUAACAAGAAACUUGAGAUGCUAAAGGCGUUGUCGUUGCUUCCCAGGCGUUCACCUACCUGUCAGCUUGCAUUUGACUAAAGCUAUGGUCUGACCUUAGUAAUAUCUGGUUGGAGAGUGUUUGAUCCAAACCUUAGAUAUAUGGAAAGCUUAUAUUUUGCUCUUAGAAUUUCUUAUGUUCUUGCUUAGAAGAAAGAAACAUACCGAAUAAGUAUUGUCAUUUGGUAAUGUUUUGCGGUUUUAAACUGUACACUUGAUUCUUCAACAAAUUGGGCGUUGCUAUGUUGGUUUGGUUUGAUUUCUUGGAUCAAAUAAUCUAACUUAAUUGGUUGGUUUAAAAUUUUCCGGUAUGGCUAGAAGCGCAUUAUUAUUUUUGCA